AUGAAAGAAGAAAAAAUAACGAAAAUUGCAUUUUUGCUUAUGGUGGCGCAGAUUUCUUUAGCCGUGGAAUUCGAAACAUUCGCAGCGUUCUCUAACCACAAACAAGGAAAAAGCAGGUACAAUGUUUAAAAAUCUUGAUUUGACGCAAAUUUCUCCUUCGUCUUUUAACGUUUUCGAGCAUUUCUGUCGAUUUUUUUUAUACAUUCAUUUCCGGCUCCUAUACAACCUUCUAACCAAUUUCCGAUCCUAAAUCACAGAAAUGACGAGAAGACAGUCAACUGUUGUCCAAUUAUUGGUAAGUGAGUAAGCAAACUUUUUGAAAAAUAAUAAUAUGCCAGUGAAAGGGUUGUCGUCAUAUGAAAAGGUCUGUUAUCAUUAUUGUAGUUUGGCUGUCUUGCCAAGACUUGUUUGGUCAUACGGUGAAACUACAAUUAUAUUCUUCUCUUGCUUUAGAAACGGAAGUAAGAACUGCGAUUUGGCCUUAUGAAUUAAUGAAUAAAACGCCUCUGAAAGACACUCUUAUCAAUACUAUGCGCGAUGUUUUCUUAGGAAAAAUAGAAAUAAACAGCGAGCACCGUCUUAUAAGACAAAGGAAGGGGAAACACCUAUAAGCUCGAGCAUAACGCUUGAUUACGUCACGAGCGUAGAUUGACAAAAGGAUAAUGAAAGGUCAUUCAUUUAUUAUUGUUUCCUAUCUCUGCUUCACUGAAGGCGUGCUCGCUCAAGAAACGGAUGGAAAUGUGACGAAAUUCGGAAGUCAAUUAAUUGCAGCCACUUACGCCAAGUUUAUCGAGUCUGCAGGAGGGAGAAUGGUGCCUAUUUUGUAUCCUUUAUAAAUCUGGCCCUCUUGGAAUCAUGUAUUUGCUCAACCUCUUAAAGAUGUGACUUAACUUGACAUAACUUGCCUCUCUCCACCCGGGAGUAUAAAUGGAUACCGGCGAAUUAUCAGGGUAGCCUGAUUAUAACCGAGGUCAUGCAAAGAAUCGAGAGAUCCUUCCGAACACGAAGGAAGGAAUCCCCCGACGGGGUCUUAAUACGAUAAGCUCCGAACUGUUUAUUUUUUUAAGAUUAUUUCAGAUAUAGCAGUUAUUCACGGACGUUUUCAUAAGUUUCCCUCAGAUUACUUACGAAAAGGUAGGCCUGUUUGGCCAAGUGCCUUUCGAGGCCGCUACUUAAUGGCGAAACUUAUUGUCAUACCGUUUCCCUGUGUGUAUAGUGUUUUUACGUUUCAUUACGAUAUGAGCUCCACUUAAAUAGAUAGAACAUUCUAUAUGAUUAGAUAAAAUGCUUUUUUUAAAUCAGUAGCAGCAUGGCUACGCAUAACAUGAUAAAUAACGGAACAUUCCGGAAUAUUCUGGAACAUGACCCUAUAGGGAAAGAAGCGUUCCUUGUGAACGUUUUAUAUUUAAAAAAAACUGGAAUAAAUUACAGCUGGAUAGGACUCUUGGCUCAAAUGCAAACUUUACCUUUUACUUAUACUCAUUUACUAUGAGUCCAUGAACCAUGAGCCCAUGAAAUAAUUUCCCUGAAGGCCAUGGUUGCUAUUGUGCAAAAAAAAUGGAUGAGUCAGGAAAAGAACAUGGAAACCUUUCUCAAAGCUUUCUCCCCUACAAAACUGACAACAUCUCUUUAAAUUCACAGAGGUUUCCAUGUUUGAUUUUCUUGUGGUCGUGUUGUCGGCUUGUUCAGGGCGUUACACGUCAGUAUGCUUAACCGGGGAGACUUUCUGUAGUCUUUAUAACAUUCCCAGCGAUUUGUUGUAAAUGUGUGAUUCUUAACCCUUAAAUCAACAUCCUGCAGCAUUAACUCCACUGCUAAAGAAAUUGAAAAAUUAUUUUAUUCAAUUAAUGGGUAAGUAGAACGACAGUCAAAGCCGACCUCAAAAGAUGGAACCGGCAAAAUUCUUUACUAUUAAGGUAUUCUUUACGGUUACAAUAGAAAGACCGGAAACGUGGUAUGGUGUAAACGUCGAUUAAGACUAUCAUUUGUCACAAUGUUCGCUCUCGCUUGUUUCAAGGGCGUAGGCGAAAUUAAGAGAAGGGGGGAGGGUCUGCUUACAGCUUACGCCACUUUCUGAAAUAAUUAGGGUUUUUAUCAUUAUAGUUUUAUUAUUUUGCGGUCUACAAAAUUCACGUUUUAUGAAUCAGAUUUGCAAAAACGUGAAAAUCUUAAGAGUCUUUGUGGCGCAACUUUUCUCCGGUGUCAGAUACCCUAUUUGCUGGUCCCUCUCACUGCUUAAAUAUCAGUCCUCUGAUACACAAUAUAGACCCGCGUUAUAAGCCACCUCAUGUAAGACACUCGGAAAUUCAUACCUGGGAUACCUCCUUUUAAAAAACCCUUGCUAUUGCGCUACGAACCUAUACUGCCUCAUCCCCACCCACCACCCCCCCUUCACCGGGCCACUUCUCAUCAUACAUUUCAUUUGUUCCUCAUUCUCGACUUAUUUUACUUUCGCUACUUUUCCUUGUCUAUGACUUUUACGUAUUUUAGUGCCAUAUAUCCCGGAGGUCAUAGGUUGUUACACCACACAAACUACACACGAGUAGGGAAACAGAUAUUAGAGCUGGCAAUGAAGGUAAAGUUUCAAAACCAAAUAAAUUAACUUCUACGGUGAUUUAGUGUUAUCAACUGAGUUGAUAGCGUAAAUCGGCCAUCGUAAAGAGUUUAAGAGCUUUUCAACUCUUUACGGUAGCCAAUUUACGUUAUUAACUCAGCUGAUAAUACUAAAUUACCCUGUUAUACUCUCCCACCGACGCAGCACCAAAGUUUCUUCAGAAACUUACCCUCUUUAUUCAGUAAACUUCCACAAUUCUUCCACUAACUCGCGCUGAAGUAUGUCACUUGUAGAUCAGUUUAGGUACCCUAAUCUCCUUCAGUGAGAGUGAUUUGUUAUUUAUAAUAUUUAUCAAGCAAUAGUUUUUGGAAGGAAGAAGCCUUAAAGAUAUGUCAGUGAAAUGCAGCCAUUUAUCAUCACCAAGCUGAAUGGAAUGAACAAAAAAAUGCUACUUUGUGAAAACGCAAAUUAACCUGUCAAUUAAAGAACUAAAUUGUGUCCCUGAACCACUAAGAAUGGCAGCCUAUGAUUUAUAUUUAGGCACUUUUGUUGGAAUCUAUCCAAAUUCAUCUUAAAGCAAAUUCUCUCAGUACUAAAUUAAUACUAUUAUAUUCCUGUUAUUAUUAUUGUUAUUAUUAUUAUCAUUAUUAUUAUUAUUAUCAUUAUUAUCAACAUUAUUAUAUUCAUCACUAUUAUUAUUGUCAUCUAAUGAUUAAAAUACACGAUCCAAAUUUAUCAUUAUGAAAAAGAACCAAAUGGUGCACAAUUGCCAAGAAUACAUCAUCUAAUUAAUAAUGAUAAAAUUAUUAUUAUUAUCUUUUUUUUGUCGUUACUGAUGAUGGUUAUUUUUGGAUCUACUCGCUCUUCGACCAUCUGUACCAAGUUAAUUACAAAAGGAUCCCAAUUGGCUGAUGGGUUUUACGGUAGUGGUUUAAAUUUUGGCAUUUUAAUGACUAAUGGUUAUCACAAAAUGACACAAAAUGACACAUUGUAAGAGAGUAAAAUAUUUUUACGGUUAACUUUUAUCACGACUUUAUCAGUUUUUACGCAUAACGUUUAAAUUUUAUGAUCGUUUCACGGCUAACGAUGAACUCCAUGGAGACCCUCUCAGAAAGUGAACAGCUUUUUAUUACAAAGUAUAACAAAUAUUUUUACAAAGUGCGACGAUUUUAUUACAAAGUACUUCAGGACAGAGGUAGACAUGCAAACCCUUACAGGAAAUUCAAUUUCGCUGUCAUUUCAGAAAAAAUGUCAUUCCAAUAUCGUUACACACAGAUUUCUUUUCCCCACUGCAGGCUUAUGAUAAAGGCGAUAUCUUUCCGAUCUGGGGAGAAUGUCUGGGCUUAGAGUUGCUUUCAAUGCUGGUUGCUGGUAGAGAUUUACGAGUGGGGCAACUGGACCACGAAUUUUUCAGCGAAGUCGAUGCAAAAAAUGUCAGCCUAAAAUUAAUUCUUCCAAGAAGUUGGUGAUGCAUCUGUUUUAUUAUUUAUAUUAACGAUCAUGUAGCCAACUAGUAUUUCAACUCUGUUAUAGCAGUACCGCCACUGUUUUUGUUUAGUUUUGGUGGAUAACGCUUAUCUGUAAGAUGGAUUCAGGUGAUGCAAUAACAUCUUUAGAAAAGAAUUCCAAAGACAUUCCGAAAUUUUAGUUUGUAGAAUAACCCUCCGGGCAUUUCAAAACUCUUCCUGUAAGCUUAAUGUUUUUGUAGUCAAACGAACCUUACUUAGCUCGCUUUCUGAUGGAUGACUGAGCACUGGACAUUGGCCCGAUGUUACAGGGAUCUUCAAACUGUACAGUUUAUCAAGAGGUUCUUUAUGGGGUCAACCUUUGGCCGUAAAGCAGCAAAAAAAUUUACAGUCAGCCAUAAAAUGGCAGGAAUCUUAACUAUUAGCCGUAAAGGCCAUCACCCUUUUAUCAAAACAUUCGAUAGAUUAAAUUCGCAGCAAAGGGGCACUUGAAUCGUAAGAUCACAGUUCGGUUUAAGCUGUCAAAUAGACACAGAUGUGACCCUCGACUGAUACAAAUCAUUUUCGUUUUGCAGAUUAUAAAACAACUUCUCUAUGGAAAUUUGCUCCGAGACACGUUGUGAAAUUCUUACAGAAUAACAAUGCAGCAUACAACAAUCACAGGAAGGCCAUCACACUACAGGUUAGAUGAAAUUUUAUUUCUUCUAUCCUUGACGGAGGAAUCUAAGUUAUUAUUAUUAUUAUUAUUAUGAUUAUGAUUAUUAUUAUUAUUAUUAUUGUCAUCAUAUUAUCGAUUUUUAUUUUGGCACAAUUUAUUGCGACAGUUUUAAGGGAACAGUCCGUUUAUUUUUUGCUUGGUGUUAGAGGGGGGUUUGGGAUGGAUCACAUGGUUUUCAGGGGGUACGGAACGGGGAUCACUCAUUGCCAAUUGCAACAUAGCACAAUGGGGAACUAUAGAAAAUUAACUGCACAAUAAUUGCUAAUAAGGAGGAGCAUAAGAAUAUUACAGUCAGCCUUCUAAGGUAAAUUUCAUUGUGACAUCAUCCAAUCCUCCCCCCCCCACCCCCUGACAAAAAUAUCAACCGGUCCCUAAACCGAAAAAAUUAUCGUAUUGUUAAUUUUGAGAUCUUUCGAACAAGUUUUUUUAGUGUUAGUGAUUCUGUAGAUGCGAAAAUAAGGAUGUAAUGUUCAUGUAAACCGGAAGUUAUCGAUACCGGAUGUUCGCUAGGAACUAUGGGAUAUAUGUAGCAGAACGAUCAUGGCGUCCACCGAUGCUGUAACACGUCUUCUUACAACUGUUUAUUAAAUCGUUGUAAAUCGUUUGCAUCUUGUUUUGAAAUCCAUUCAAAACAUCACAAAGGACAAUAAAAAUAGAGAAGAACAGUAUUGAGAAGUUUUAGCAUCCAUUACAGGACCUCCAUGCUAAAGAACAACACCCACUAAACAGAGGGAAAGUUAAUCUUAGCCUUGUGAUUUAACCCUUAAUCUAAUCCCCUAAGAGAGACUAGCAUCUGAUUUCUCCUUACAGUACAACCCCUGAAUCAAACAUUGGGGUCACGAGAAUAAAGGAAAUGAUCACCAACUUAAGAAGCUCUCGAUUGUAAAGCAAAUUCUCCUUGUCAGCACCUCAAGAAAUGUAUAGCGAACAGUGAGGAGAAUAUGCAUACUAAUGAUAAGGUGUAAAGGGUUAUUAAGUCUUUACAUCCUCACUUGUUUCAGAUAAUACAUUGACCCAUACUACUCUGUUCUUUUGCGCCAGAAUUAUGGCAAGUACAGACGUCUAAAUGCUUUUUUCAGAAUCGUUUCAACCAGCAAAGAUCGCAACGGGGUUGAAUUUAUUUCAACUAUGGAAGGUAAGAACAAAAAGUAUAAGGAAUCUUAAAAAACAAACCCAAAUAUCAUAAGCUUCGUCUGGCUUCCUCGCUACAAUAGUUGACUCUUUUCAAGUUACAGUUUGUUCUGAAAAAAUUAUCAGUUCUAAAUUUCUUACUUGUAAUGUUUUUGUGCAAAUAGAAAAGAUAGAUAGGAAGAAUUCUUUUAUCAUAUACUUUUGGUGAUGGCAAGAGUCUAAUUGUAUUAUUUACAGGUAAGCGUUAUCCCGUCUACCUUUUCCACUGGCACCCGGCUAAAUCCCAGUUUGAAUGGCGCAGAGAUCUGGACAUUAAUCACUCGCUGGCCGAUGUUCUUUCAGGCCAGUAUUUUGCAAAUUUCCUAAUUCAAAAAGGUGAGCUUGGGAAAAGAUUUUAGUUCCUCUUCCAUAACAAAAAAUAGCUGUAACUGAUGGCAGAUAAUUUUUUAAUGAUAUUCCAGUGCCAUUAUUGUUAUAAUGAUCCGCUGACCAAAAAAAAUCUCAGUAAUCAAAUUACACAAAACUAGUGGAUCAAAAUGCAGAGACGGAACUAGAAAAAAUAACAGAAACUCAGGCAACGAUCUCUUCUAUUCAAAGCACGUGAUUCAAGGCGAAAAAAUGCUUCCCUACAUACGGGGGAUCAGAGUCAAAACAACACGUCACACAACAUGUCACAACCAACGAUGAACAACACCUGAACUUUUUGUUAUAUUUUGCUUGUUUUGCCUAAAAAUUGAAUUGAAUUGGAAUCAUUGUUUAUUUGCUUUAGUGUGAUCGGUUAAUUUCGUUUAAGUGAUCCUGGUAACAGCAGUGAACUUAUGAGAGUGCUGCGAUCUAGACAUGUUCUAUUCUGAGCUUGUAGUAUCAUGGAAGAAGAUACUUUAUUUAUUAACCCUUUAAGAGUAAAUGUCAGUAAAAAUCAAGGAAAAUUCAAAAAACGUGGCCACGGUCAAAAAAUCGAUUGCGCUCAUACUUUGUCAGUUUGAAGGCCUAGGUAAGUAACUGAAGGAUAUGAGGUUAGUUUUUUGAAAUAUUCCAUAUAACGGCAGAAAACCACGAAAAACGGUCACCCUACCGGAAGCUCGGAUUUCACCUGGCGGAAACUCGAAAUUUUACACUUUUCAGCUUCUCGCUACACAGACGUUUACAUAGCUGUGAAUCUUUCUUAAGUAUAAUUGACUACAUUGAUUCUUCCUUAGUCAAACCAUGGGAAUUAUUUUUAUCUCUGCUUAUUUGUGAGCGAACUGAGACCCGAUGAAGAAGACACACUUUUCUCAUUUACGCGAAGGUGUAAAGUAAUCCAAACUCAGCGACGAAAAAAGCUGACCGGUAGUUCUUCAAAUCUUCUGAUAUUAUAACCAGAGACAGUUCAGUCAUUGAUUUUUAGGUCUACGGUUUUAAAUCUUUAGGAUCUAGUAGCGCUUUUGCAUGAACGCCGAUCAAAUUCGAUAAAAUUCCAAUUGAGCGCCUUUGAAAUCUACAACUCUACAUAACAAAGCACUAUUGAAUAAAUUAACUCCUCGGCCAAAGUUUGUACAUAAAAAAUAAGGGUUUUGCUUUUUUAGCGGUUUGAAGCGUUUUAAAAAUAUAUAUUAAUGUUAAAUAUUGUCUACACAGGUAAAACAAACUAUGAAACACCAAAAUUACCACGAGCUGAAAUUAAAUUUGACAGGCUCGCUCCCUAAUCUGCGUCACGCACGAGCGACUUAGCUACAACUAGAACAGUAACAAACAGAUAUUUACAUCCGUUGAUUUUAAAUAAGUCGUAUUUUUAAAAUAUCUUACUCAAAGAUGUGCCAGGUUUCCCAGUUAACUUGCUGAAAAAAAAAGGAAACCUUAAUAGUAAUUCUAGCUCAAUUAGAAUUGAUUUUAUUUAGUAUGAGAAGUUUUGUGCCGUCGAAAACCAAUCGGAAGUAACUGUUUCCACGAAAAGCAAAUAUUGCAUCGUUCUCUAAAUAAACAAAUCUACUUAACCAUAUAACCAGAGUAUGUUGUUGGCGAAGUUAAUAGACAUACAUAACAACGACGUCUUGCUCGUUCUUGAAUAUUGUCGGUGGGAUUUGCGGCGCAGACGAACGCACUUGCUAAGUAACUUCCAAUGGCUAAUUUCUACCCUUACUCAGCUUUCGUCACACUGCUCACGCUGUGUAACAAGGAUAUAAAACAUCGCACGAAGUCCUAAAAAACUCUCCGGACUUGUUUUUAAAAGCCAACGAGUUUAUUGGAGAUGACUACCCGUACCGUCUCAUCGUGUCACUUAGGCAUAACCUGACACGAUGUCGAUAGUUUCGACUCCUGAUGGCCGAGAGCACUCGGAUUUCUUUUUUCCCGAGUACGUCUGUGUCACUUACUGAAUAAUACAUCAUUCUCAUUUAUUCACCAGGCUUAAAAAUAUUCCAUCACAUUUAUUCCAUUGCGCGUAUGCCACACAUGACAUUCCAAUCCUAGCAGUAUGCAGGAUGUUUGUCCCAUGAAGCACUCGGAUUUUUUUUCCUAUUAUGCCAGUGUCACUUACUGAGUAAUACAUCAUGUUCAAAAGUAUUAAUUUUUGCACCAUACAGGAAGUUGUUUCGGGUCACUUAGCAAGAGCUGUGAAAAGUAGCCGCACUGGAAUAGGAAUAUAUUUUUUUUUUACUGGCGUGGGCGUGGAACGGAACGACUUUUCCGAUCCUCAAGGUGGAAAAGGAAUAUGCGACCGCCAAGCAGCGACUAUUAAAGGAGACAUUGGAAGAUAUGUAAACGAGGGCAAUGAUGUGACAACAGCAAUUCAGCUCAAAACAGCCAUAGAGUCUGGUCCAGGAUCUUGUGCUAAGGCUAGUUACGUUACAUUCAACCCGUCAAGCACUCGGCACGUCAAAUGGGAUGGUGUAAGCUUACUCAACAACUUCAAGUAUGAGGAGGACGGAAUUAAUGUGGGUCCUGGAAAGUUGCUACCGUGGUCUCAGUUUGAAGGAGUUUUGCAGGUCCCGGAAACUCUUGAAGUGGUUGAUCCCCAUCGCAGAAAUUGAGUACUAAGCCAUCUUUCAAGAAGGUGAGACACAGACAUUGUGAACAUUUCUCAGGUGCUCUUUCCUCAUACACACUAAGCAUCUUUCUGCAUUUUACGCAAAUUCCUUUAGAAAAACAUAGUCAAACUCCCGUCAAAACUCCGAAAUUACUGAAAGGCGCGUAUUUUUUUAACACAAAAGUCUGAAGUUUUGUCGACCCACAGAAUAAAAUAACAAUCGAAAGUUGACUGCGCGAUAAGAGGUGAGAAGAAGGGGGGAGGGAGUAGCAUUGUGAUUAGACUAUCCUUUUUUUUUUGUUUAUUGUUUAUAUCUUUCUCAAGUGGCUUUUUGCGAAACGAAAUUGAAAUGUUUUAAACAAAUUUUAACCGAAUUCCAGGUGCGUACUGUAAGUUACAGACCGUGAAACGAGGUUAGUACGAUAUUCAUUAUGUCUCUGAGGUCAAUCGGGCGCGUGGGAAUGGAAACUAGUUAAAGUUUAGUGGGCCGCGCAAAAUUGACCAAUCACACCCCGCGUACGAACUGAGAGAUACUGAUAAAAAAUAGGAACUCAUUGUAUACAUGUGGGUAGUGCUGUGCACGCGCUGCGGACCUGUUUGUUUACGGACACCGGCACUCACUCACUCACUCACUCACAUACCUGGCGACAAAGUGGGUAAGGCACUAUACAGUGCACACACUAAUAUAAGCGCAAUCCAUAAAAAAAUGAGAGGCAUGAAAUAAAGGUUGUUAUAAAAAAAUUGGAUUGGACAACUGGAUGAAGAGAUAAGUAACGAAAUGUCCUUCAUCAACCUUACUUAUUUCUCUCCGUCGUUUAAACAAAUGAUUCUUUCAUAUAAUCUCAAGUCAUCAGAAUGAAUAGACUAAAAAUAAUUCAUUGGAGACAGUUUCUGUUUGGUAGAACAUCAAGUAGUUGGUUGCUUAACUGAGCCCACAGGGACGAGCUGUUUUGAAAGCUCAAAUAUCUUCAUGGAUUGGAAUAAAUUUAUUCCUUUUUCCAGUGCGGGUGCCUUCCUCAGCUCCUUGCAGUGACCAGAAACAACUUCCGGGAUGGUGCAAAGAUUACCCGUCCUUCGCCUACCUAAACCUAACUUGGCACGAUGAACCGGACAGAUAGUCAUAUCCGAUAAAUUCGCCGGCUUUUUGAAAACAUCCACAUCUUGCCAAAAUUAAUUCUACCUCCGUUUCAAUUCCGGAAAAUUUAAACGACUUUUUGUUAUUUUUGAUAUCCCUGUUACACCGCGUAAGAGGCGUGACGGAAGUUAAAGAACUUGUGCGUUCGUCUGCGCCGCAAAUCCCACCAACAAUAUUCAAGAACGAGCAAGACAUCGCUGUUCUAUGAAGUUCCCCGACAAUAAACUCUGGUUUUAGAUGCAAUGUUUCACAGAUAAAGAUAAUUCGAUUUAUUUAUUUAAAGAACGAUGCAAUUUUCGUGAGAACAGGUACUUCUGAUUGGCUAUCGACGGCAUAAAGCUUCUCAUUCUUAAUAAAAUCAAUUCUUAUCGUUUCAGUUUGAAUUGCUAUUAUGAUAUUUUCUUUUAUUUUUACUUCAGCAAGUUAACUGGGGAACCUGGCACAUCGUUGAGUAAGAUAUUUUAAAAUAAGACUUAUUGUAAAUUAACAGAAGUAGAUAUCUGUUUGUUACUGUACUAAUUGUAGCGAAGUCGCUCGUGCGUGACACAGAUUAAGGAGCGAGCCUGUCAAAUUUAAUUUCAGCUCGUGGUAAUUUUGGUGUUUCAUAGUUUUUUUUUACCUGUGUAGACAAUAUUUAACAUCAAUAUAUAUUUUUAAAAGGUUCAAACCGCUAAAAAAGUAAAACCCUCAUGUUUUAUGUACAAACUUUGGCCGAGGAGUUAAUUUAUUCAAUAGUGCAUUGUUAUGUAGAGUUGUAGAUUUCAAAGGCGCUCAAUUGGAAUUUUAUCGAAUUUUGAUCGGCGUUCAUGCAAAAGUGCUACUAGAUCCUAAAGAUUUAAAACCGUAGACCUAAAAAUCAAUGACUGAACUGUCUUUGGUUAUAAUAUCAGAAGAUUUGAAGAACUACCGGUCAGCUUUUUUCGUCGCUGAGUUUGGAUUACUUUACACCUUCGCGUAAAUGAGAAAAGUGUGUCUUCUUAAUCGGGUCUCAGUUCGCUCACAAAUAAGCAGAGAUAAAAAUAAUUCCCAUGGUUUGACUAAGGAAGAAUCAAUGUAGUCAAUUAUACUUAAGAAAGAUUCACAGCUAUGUAAACGUCUGUGUAGCGAGAAGCUGAAAAGUGUAAAAUUUCGAGUUUCCGCCAGGUGAAAUCCGAGCUUCCGGUAGGGUGACCGUUUUUCGUGGUUUUCUGCCGUUAUAUGGAAUAUUUCAAAAAACUAACCUCAUAUCCUUCAGUUACUUACCUAGGCCUUCAAACUGACAAAGUAUGAGUGAAAUCGAUUUUUUGACCGUGGCCACGAUUUCUUUGAUUUUUACUGACAAUCACUCUUAACUCCCUUUGGUGACCAGGACAGAAUUUCUCCUUACACUACCAAUACAAUAUCAAGCAGACAAGUGAUGAGAAUAAAGAAAAUAUCAAUUAGAGGAUUAGUUGAUCCAAUACCAAAUUCCCUAAACUAGCAUCAUAAGAAUCGUAUGGCAAACAGCAAGACAAAUAACUAAUAAUGAAAUCUAGGGAGGGAAAAGGUUAAUUAUAACAACAAUAGUUGUAAUGAUAGUAAUUCCUCUCUGUUGUCGGCAGCGCGCUUCAGCACUCAUCGAUUCUCCAGAGCAGAGGAAGAGAGGGCUUCUUUAAUUUAUAACUACAAACCAACUGCUGUUCAAGACUACUUGCCUUUUAUACAAGCUUACUUUUUUUAA